AUGGGCGCAAUUCUCCAUAACCAGGCCGGCAAUCUGCACUCCCCGAGUCUUUACUUGACAGCGAAUCCCUUAUCUCGCACACAUGCUGUCCCAAAUACUCAGUCAGGCCUUAACCAAUUCGACAUGCAGUACACAGCGCCCCACAACUUUCAGACGAUUCCGGAUAUCCAACGACCAACAUAUGCGCCAAUUGAAUCCACAUAUCAGGGCUGGGAUCAUGGAGUACUGGACAAAUUUGAGACCGACCCAACAUUCGACGACUUCUCGUUUGAUUCGGCACUAGCGGCACUAGAUCCCACCAUAAAUCUAGCUACGGUCACCGAGGAUUCAGCCCCCGAGGCUACUCUUAAUGAAAUGUCACACUCCCAAGGCAAAAAUUUCCGUUACCAUGUAGCUCUGCGAGCCCGGACCGCUAUGGUAAAGUCCGCAGAUGAAGAUCCAACAUCAUAUUUGAACAAGGGACAGGCCUAUGGUCUUAUGGUCAUGGAUUUAAAUCCGCCUGCAAUGACCCCUGAAGUUCUCCGAUAUCGAACCUUUGUCCGCGUUUCUUUCGAUGAUGAAGAGCAACGAUCAAAUCCUGCAUUAUCCUGGCAGUUGUGGAAAGAGAGCCGCGGCGCAACCGAGGCGCAGCAACGCGGUAGCGAUCUCUUGGCAGUUGAAUUUGCUGGUGAAGAUAAGGAUUAUCGCCAUAUGCAGCUUGAGCAAGUGUGCAUUGACGGAUUUUGUGUUACCUGGACUGUCGAACGAGGCGAAAGCACCAAAUGCUGCAUUAUACCCUUACGAUUCAAUUUCCUAUCCACCGAUUUCAGUCAUUCAAAAGGAGUAAAGGGUGUUCCGGUCCGACUUUGCGCGAAGACCGAGCUUCUGUCACUGGAAAGUGCCAGUGAUCCGCUUGGGUCAGAAAUGUGUUACUGCAAACUCAAACUGUUCCGGGAUCAUGGUGCAGAGCGCAAAAUUAACAAUGACCUUCGACAUGUCAAAAAGACGAUUACAAGGCUAGAGCAGCAAAUCAAAGAUGUGCCAGAAGGAGGGAGAUUUAACAAACGUCGGCGGGCAAAUAAUACCUCGACGGAUAUGAGGGACUCGAGUGAGUUGGACCAUGGGCGUAUCGGGUCGAGCUUUGGAGAGUCUUCGGUUGAGCACGAUCUGCGGAGGAAACUGGCUGUUAGCCAGAGUAUGCUAUCAUCAACUCAUACGAUCAGCGUUCUGACUCUUCGCGGUGAGAAAGAGGAUGACCCCGACGAGUACCCUAUCCACUUGACAAAAAACCAACAAUCAGCGGAGGACGUGAGAGGUAAAAGUAUUGAAGGUCAAAGCCUUGACCUGUCAGGUCCACCAGCAGCUGAGCAGCCGUCGAAACCAACUGUCUGCUUCUUUAUUCGACCCAGCAACGAGCCAAGCAAGGUCUUCCGUGCGAUCUACUUAACGGAACGCACGGCCAAAGAUUUAAAGAAGAAGAUCUGCGAGAAGUAUCAUAUUGACCAGUCAAAGAUUGAGCGCUUACUGCGCAUCGUCAACGAUGAUUUGAAGAUUAUAGUAGACGACGAUCUUGUUGGUGAGCUUCCAGGGGGGCAGGCUAUGAUCGUCGAUAUUUGCGAGACUAGCAGUGAUGUUGAUGUCCCUGGUUUUGGCGUCCCAAAACCGGAGUCAAUAAACGAGCUCUACUACGCCAAGUCCAGAAAUAUAUCAAUCAUUAUGGAGACUGUUAAGAACGCCGCCAACUACGUUUCGGAGACAAUCCAGGGAACUGGAGCCGAGGCCUCGAAGGAAGCCAACAAGCAGGUUGCUAAGGAUGGCGAUGCCAAGCUGAGCACUCGCGCCAGUGCUGCCAAGGAUGCCAUCGUUGAUAAGAAGGACGAGAAGUCACAUGACACCAAGGCCGAUGUCUACAAGGAACGUACAAAGCACUGA